UGAAGUGACUUUCUCACCCAGGCGCAGCAGUAAAAGCGCCGAUCCCAGCGCACCCAGCCCUGCUGAAUCAGAAUCUCCGGGGUGAGGCCCAGGAAUCGCCGUCUGAACAAGUCGCGGGCUGGAAUCGGCUGCCCCAGAUUACAGGGCAGCUCCCGGCUUCGCUCUCGCUCCUCCGGCCCCGGGAGCGUGCAGGGGGCGGGAGGCGAGUCCCAUCAGCACUUUGAACUGGGGCUGCUUUUUAGUGACUCACCUCCCAGACUUCCUGCAACAGACAACUCUAAAUAGCAGCUCGGUCCCACCCUCCAGCAAGGGAGACAUUCCGGUCGGGGAGGGCAGGAGGUUAGAAGGUGGGUGCCCCGCCAGGGCAGUCCAGGGAGACCCAAGAACAGGAGACGCUGCCCGCACAGCGCAGGGGCGCAGGUAGAGGCCGUUUUGUUUACAGGCGUUGGUUAUUAAGGAAAUUGCUGUCAGUCAAGGUAAUUCUAGCUCAGAUGAGCAAUAAAUAUGCUCCCAGCUAAUCUUAUGGGGAUUUUAUUGGCACCCCGAGCAGAGGUUCCUUUACCCUGACUACCCCCUCCUCUCAAAGCAAACGCCGGUUCCCCAGCGGCUUCCCCGCAACAACAUGAGGGACUGGGGUCAGGUUUUUAAAGGUCCACUCAAAGCGAAGACAGAAGAGGUCCGGGCAAAAGUGAGAAGUGGCUUCCGGAGCCUACCUGGAGGCAGGGGAUGACCAAAUGACCUGAAAUAAGACCCUGGGCGACCUGGUUGGAUCAAAGCAUGCGCAGGCUCCCCCAGGCCUGCUCCACACGCAGGGGUGGUCACCUGGCCCGCGGGCGGCCCGGGCAAGGAGGAAUGUCUCGGGAAGGCAGCCGGCUCGCAGGAGUCGGUUCCAGCGUGUUCGAGUUACAGCUGCGAGCCCUCAGGGACACCGGCGGCAAGUCCCGGCUUGCAGAGAGGGGAGCCAGUCCCGGGAGAGCGCCAGUCCCGGCGAGCCCGAGUGCGCGCCUAUGCGCGCGCCCCGCGACGGCGCAGGGGGAGGGGAGGCCGCAGCAGCCACUCAGAGGAACGGUAAUGAAGCCUCCCAACAACUUUAACUGUCAAUCAGACUUAAUGGGGUAUUAAAAAAAAUGGGGGGAAAAGGGCCGCCCUCUCUCUCCGCGCCGCGGCUGCCCGAGGAGCGAAUGAAUAGGGCCGCGCAGACCAAGGCGUCCGAUCCACGCGCGCUCCACACCCGGGCCCUCUCCAAGUUGGAAAGGACAAAAAGAAGGCAAUAAAUGCUAAAAAGGGAGAGAAGGGGAGCCGGAUCGAGCGGCAACUCCCAGCCUCUGCUGGAACAGAGCAGGAGGGAGGGAGCCGGAGAGAGCGAGCGCGCGCGAGGGCGAGCCCUGCACGUAAAGAAACUGACACCCGGACCCCCCACUUCUCCUGCACGUUGCUGGCAAUCAGAUCGCGUUUAAGCAAUUUCCUGAGCCCAAGAAUAGCAAUGAGUCGGGAGACUUUCGCGGGCUGAAAUUGGGAGCUCCAAGCACUUUUUCCCCCCACUUUUUUUUUUUUCCUGGAGAAGGGGUGGGGGUGGGGGCGCUACAAUUUGGAAACAGCUUUUUUUUUUUUUUUUUUUCUUUUAAUCUUGCACUUUGAAACCGCGGGACCGAGGCAGGGUGCGCGCGUGUGGUUGGUGCCUUUUUUUUUUUUUUUUUUUUUUUUUUUCCCUUCCCCUGCCUAAACUCCUCUGUCAGUCUGUAAACAUUACCUGAGAAUUCCCCAGCCGAAACGGCUGCUGGGGCAAGAAACUUCUUGUUAGAACUUUCCACCUCCGGCUUCCCCCUUCACCUCUUUUUCCGUCCCGACCUAAGGAGACGCUUUUUCUCCCCCAGAGGAGAAUUUAUCUUUUUUUUUUUUUUUUUCUCCUCACCCGGUGCUUUGCAUUUGGGAAGAGUGGCCAGGUGGGACGCCUCUCUCCUUAUUCGGUUUACUAUUUAUCGUUUGGGGUGUUUUCUUUUUAAAUUCCUGUUUUGCUCGGCCCGGGGAGUUUCGCCCCCUGCCCGGCUCCGCGGCGCGUAGGAUGGUGUGGAAACGGCUGGGCGCGCUGCUGGUGUUCCCUCUGCAGAUCAUCUAUCUGGUGGCGAAAGCAGCCGUCGGACUGCUGCUGCCCGCCAAGCUGCGGGACCUGUCGCGGGAGAACGUCCUCAUCACCGGCGGCGGGAGAGGCAUCGGGCGUCAGCUCGCCCGCGAGUUCGCGGAGCGCGGCGCCAGAAAGAUUGUUCUCUGGGGGCGGACUGAGAAAUGCCUGAAGGAGACAACAGAGGAGAUUCGGCAGAUGGGCACUGAGUGCCACUACUUCAUCUGCGACGUGGGCAACCGGGAGGAGGUGUACCAGACCGCCAAGGCUGUCCGGGAGAAGGUGGGUGAUAUCACCAUCCUGGUGAACAAUGCUGCCGUGGUCCAUGGGAAGAGCCUGAUGGACAGUGACGACGAUGCCCUCCUCAAGUCCCAGCACAUCAACACCCUGGGCCAGUUCUGGACCACCAAGGCCUUCCUGCCGCGAAUGCUGGAGCUGCAGAAUGGCCACAUCGUGUGCCUCAACUCUGUGCUGGCUCUGUCUGCCAUCCCCGGUGCCAUCGACUACUGCACAUCCAAAGCAUCAGCCUUUGCCUUCAUGGAGAGCCUGACCCUGGGGCUGCUGGACUGUCCGGGCGUCAGUGCCACCACGGUGCUGCCCUUCCAUACCAGCACCGAGAUGUUCCAGGGCAUGAGGGUCAGGUUUCCCAACCUCUUUCCCCCACUGAAACCGGAGACGGUGGCCCGGAGGACAGUGGAAGCCGUGCAGCUCAACCAGGCCCUCCUCCUCCUCCCGUGGACGAUGCAUGCCCUCAUUAUCUUGAAAAGCAUACUCCCACAGGCUGCACUCGAGGAGAUCCACAAAUUCUCAGGAACCUACACCUGCAUGAACACUUUCAAAGGGCGGACAUAGAGGCAGGAUGAAGACACGCUCGAGGAACCACGGAGUUCGGGGGCCGCGGCACCUGGGCACACACCCAAGCGCCUGUCCAUUGGCACACUUCUGCUGGGUGAGCAGGACAGCUCCUGUCCCCAGCAAAGAAGCCAGCUGUCCCCAGGCCAGUCCCAGGACCUUUGCACAGGACUGAUGGGUGUAACUGACCCCCACGGGGAGGCAGGGAACCAGCCAGCAGCCACCACGACACUUUUGUACAUUUCCAGUUCUGUAGAGUUUAUUGUUCAAUUGCUUCUCAAGUCUAACCAGCCUCAGCAGUGUGCAUAGACCAUUUCCAGGAGGGUCUGUCCCCAGAUGCUCUGCCUCCUGUUCCAAAACCCACUCAUCCUCGGCUUGUGCAAACUGGUUGAACGGCAGGAAUGAAAAAUAAAGAGAGAUGGCUUUUG